AUGGAGGUCAGUCAGAGAGAUUCUUUGUGGGAUGUGGUCGUGAAGUGGGACGAUAUUUGUUUCAAACAUAUUCUCCCGAGGUUGAAUGCGACCGAUCUUAAAUUCUUUUACGAGGUGAAUACGGAGACGAGAAAGUUGAUUAAGAGAUCAUCUCGCGCGAAAGAUUUAAAAAAGAAGUUUUAUAUUGGAGAGAUGUCGUCGAUAUCGACUUUGGAGUUUGCGUGGGAGCAUAAAUCGUUGUGGCCGAGUCUCUUGAAAGACAAAACAUAUUUCUGCUGGGAAGUUGCUUCCACGAAUAAACUCGAGUUGCUCAAGUGGGCGAGAGAAGAGAAAAAGUGUGAGUGGGAUGAAGAGACGAUUAAUAUGGCCGCAGGACAAGGUAAUCUGGAAAUGGUAAAGUAUUGCGUUACAAAUGAGUGUCCUAUCGAUGAGAUGGCGUGUGCAGAAGCUGCCGGAAACGGUGAUCUCGAGGUACUCAAAUACUUACGCGAAGAAGUCAAAGCGCCUUGGGAUUCGGAAACUGCCGCUGGGGCGGCUGAAAGUGGUCAUCUUCACAUACUCGAAUAUCUUGUUGAUCGUAAGUAUGAUGAAUUUGACGAAUGGGUGUGUCUGUGGGCGGCCAAUAAAGGCCACUUAGACUGUUUGAAGUACUUGCACGAAACCGCCAAAGCGCCUUGGGACGAGGACGCCAUACGCUCCGCGCACGAGGAAAACCAAACCGAAUGUGUACAAUACCUCCUCGACAACAACUGUCCUCUCCCAAUCGAAUGGCGAUACGACGACGGAACGUUAUACGACGAGUUCUACCAACAGGUCGGAUUAAGAGAGCAAUAG